AAAAAAAAUGACGCUCUUCCUCGCGAACGAGAGCGUCGCGGGUGAUGAGGCGCUACCGUCGACCUUCGAGCUCAUCAUGCAAGACCGCAUGGCCGGCGGCUUCAAGCCCGCGGCACAGUACCUCGUCAAUGUCCUCUGCGACACGUACCCACAUCUCGCGUCCUCAGCGCCCGUCAAGCACUUCCACGAGACGUACGCGCUCCUGAAGCUUCUCGUCGAGCGCUAUUGCCUCGCGCACUACGACAGCCUUCUCUCCGAACGAUUCUACGGUAUUAAGCGCGUUGAGCUGGAUGGGCCGCUCACGGAGCGCGGCCGUCACUUCGGGCUCCUCUACGACGUUGGCGUGCCGUACGUCAAGGCCAAGCUCGACGCUUACUAUCACAGCCUCGUAGCCACAAAUCUUGGUCAUCGCGGCGACGGUGAGAGUGAUACGGACGAAGACGAUGCGCCAGUUCCUGCCGAGCUCUUGUCGCCACCGUCCAAGAUGGAGCGCUUCUGGCGGCAGUGGACGACGCUUCGGAUGUGGAGCCAGCUCAAGAGGCUGUUUGUCGACGUCUACCCCACGGCUCACUUUACGUACGAAGGCUCAUUUCUUUUGUAUCAGUGGAUGUACCUCUUUGGGUACACCCGCCACUUUACGCCGUUUCUCCGAGCGAUGAAGGUCGCGUUCGCGCGGAUUACGCCCCACGACAUUUCGACGUUCGACCAGAAGCGCCUUCUCCAGCGCGCGCAUAUCCUCCAGGAGCUCGGAGCGCGCCCCAGUCUCGUGAACGGCCUCCGCAAAAUGCUCUACAAGGCGACGUGGAUGACACUAGAUCACUCGCAAGCGAUUGUCAUCUUCACGAUCAUCGGCUUCAAGUUUAUUGAGUGGAUGUACUCGGACAUGAACCCGCGCCAGACGCCGCAUGGCCCCAUCAACUGCCCGCCGCCGCCGCCGCCGUUGGCGCCGCAGCUCAAUCUGAGCGCGAUUGCCAUGUCGUCCGACACCCAUCGCUGCGGUCUGUGCCAACGUCGUCGCACAAACCCCGCAAGCUGCAUCUCAGGCUUUGUGUUUUGCUAUCCGUGCAUUUACGAGUAUGUGAUCGACCACGGCGAGUGCCCCGUCACGCGCCUUCCAUGCGACGUGUCGUCGGUUGUGCGCAUAUACGAGGACGCAGAGCCGUCGGCUUGA